AUGACUUCACGCUGGAGCCGCGGCUGUGCCGAAGAUAGAAGUCUGGGGAAGUGGAAGCCGGAAGCAUGUGAAGAAGGAUCCGUGCUUCGGGCAAGCCACGAGAUCUCCGCAUGUUGUGCGACGGCCAACGUGCCUCGCACCUACCAAGAUCAACCAUCAAUCUGGCGCCUGUAG